GGGGGGGCGCCCUCGGCGCGGGCGGAGGGGAGGGGGGAGAGGCGCUCGGGGUGAGAGUAAGCCGGACGCUCCGGGAGGCGACGGGGGCGGGGGGUGCAGCGCCGGGGCGGCCGCCGCCUCCGCCUCCGCCGCCCGGGACGAGGGGUGGGGGACGGGCGAGCCCUGAUGCCGGGGGAGACGGAGGAGCCGAGCCCCCCGGAGCAGCAGGACCAGGAAGGGGGAGAGGAGGCCAAGGCGGGUCCUGAGGAGCCCCAGCAACCGCCCUCGGCGGCGGCUCCCGCGGGGACCACGAGCAGCCGCGUGCUGAGAGGCGGCCGGGAUCGGGGCCGGGCCGCCGCCGCCGCUGUGUCCCGCCGGAGGAAGGCCGAGUACCCGCGCCGGCGGAGGAGCAGCCCCAGCGCCAGGCCUGCCGACGGCCCCGGGCAGCAGCCUCCGGCCGCGAAGCCCCCGUCACCAGCUCAGGGAAAGAAGAGUCCGCGACUCGUAUGUGUAGAAAAAAUAACAACUGAUAAAGAUCCCAAGGAGGAGAAAGAGGAGGAAGACGACGCUGCCCUCCCUCAGGACGUUUCCAUUGCUGCAACCAGACCUGGCCGCGGCUGGCGCAGUAGCAACAGAACGUCGGUCUCCCGUGUUCGUGACACAGAGAAUACCCGCAGCUCCCGGUCCAAGACUGGUUCAUUGCAGCUCAUCUGCAAGUCAGAGCCACUUACAGAUCAGCUUGACUAUGAAGUUGCAGAAGAACAUCAGUCUCCCGGUGGCAUUAGUAGUGAUGAAGAGGAAGAAGAGGAAGAAGAGAUGUUAAUCAGUGAAGAGGAAAUACCAUUCAAGGAUGACCCCAGAGACGAGACCUACAAACCCCACCUAGAAAGGGAAACUCCAAAGCCACGGAGAAAAUUGGGGAAGGUGAAGGAAGAGAAAGAAAAGAAGGAAAUUAAAGUGGAAGUGGAAGUAGAGGUGAAAGAAGAAGAGAAUGAAAUUAGAGAAGACGAGGACCCUCCUAGGAAGAGAGGACGAAGGCGGAAAGAUGACAAGAGUCCUCGUUUGCCCAAAAGAAGGAAGAAACCCCCAAUCCAGUAUGUCCGCUGUGAGAUGGAAGGCUGUGGCACUGUCCUCGCUCACCCUCGCUAUUUGCAGCACCACAUUAAAUACCAGCAUUUGCUGAAGAAGAAAUAUGUUUGUCCACAUCCUUCCUGUGGGCGACUCUUCCGGCUCCAGAAGCAGCUUCUGCGGCAUGCCAAACACCAUACAGAUCAAAGGGAUUAUAUCUGUGAGUACUGUGCUCGGGCCUUCAAGAGUUCCCAUAACCUGGCGGUGCACAGGAUGAUUCACACGGGCGAGAAGCCGCUCCAAUGUGAGAUCUGUGGAUUUACUUGUCGACAAAAGGCGUCUCUCAACUGGCACAUGAAGAAGCAUGAUGCAGACUCCUUCUACCAGUUUUCUUGCAAUAUCUGUGGCAAAAAAUUUGAAAAGAAAGACAGUGUCGUGGCACACAAAGCCAAGAGCCACCCCGAGGUGCUGAUUGCAGAAGCUCUGGCCGCCAACGCGGGCGCCCUCAUCACCAGCACAGAUAUCUUGGGCACCAGCCCAGAGUCCCUGGCGCCGCCCACAGAUGCUCAGGGUCUUCCUCUUCUUUCUGAGCCCCUGGGGAACUCGGCCCCUGGAGAGUGCCUGCUGCUAGAGGCGGAGGGGAUGUCCAAGUCCUUCUGUGGCGGGGCGGAGCGGGUGAGCCUCAUGGCUGACGGCAAGCUCUUCGUGGGCGGCGGCGGCAGCGGGGGCCCCGAGGGGCUGGUCAUGAACUCGGAUCUACUCGGUGCUACCACAGAGGUUCUGAUCGAAGACUCCGACUCCACUGGGCCUUAGUGGAGAGGAAGACUUUUGGGCACUGGGACAGUUGGGACUUUGUAUUUAAAAGACAAAAAGGACACACACACAAAAAAAAUCUAAAGCAUUUAAAAUGUAGUAAAAUAACUGAAGGGCCUGCUCUUCCCGUUGUGGAUCACAGCACACACCCCACCCCAGCCCCUGGCGCCCCUUGCCCCCUUAUGAAAUUGACGUUGCCUUUUCCAGAAAGGUACACAGCUUGGAAAGCAGCAGCAGCAGCAGCUCUGAGCGAGGCUCUCCCCGCUGCCUCCUGCGCGGCAGCCUCCCUGCUCCCAGCAGAUCCCCUUCUCCAGCCUGUAACCCACACGCUCUGGGCCAGCUUUUAACUCCUGUAGUAUGUAACUGACUCCAAAUUCUUCCUCCUGCUGCCCCACAGUUCUGGCUUCUCCCUGCUACGGCAGCACUUAUUCUCAAAUAUUACAGAAUUCUCAUCUCUGGAGCUUGACUCGCACUUUAGGGCCCCUUACGGUGUGCUGUUAAAACAGCACCCACUCUCACCCCUCCUCCGGCCCCCUCUGGACUUGGGAAGGAAGGUUCCGUGUGGACCACCCUGCUCUCUGGUCCUAGCACCCCAGCCCCUCCCAGGCCUCCACCUGGCUCCUCACGGUGCUCCCUGGCUGGAAGCCGGCUCCAGGCGGGAGGAGGCUGCCCUCUGCUCAGUCUCUGGCCAUAACAGGGCUCUGUCCGUGAGACGGUGAGGAAAGUCCCAGGCUAAUGGCAGAAAUUUGCACUUUGAACAUAUGUGUUUUGUGUUGUGGAACCUGAGAUUCCUUAUUUAUUAAUGGAAAGUCAUUUUUGCGGGGGGUGGGGUCUUCAUGGCUAUGUUUUGUGGGGCUGGGAGAAGUUAGAGUAUUCUGAAGUGGGAUGCUGUCCACAAGGGGUUCUUCCAAGGCAAGGCGCAAGGUGGCAGAAGCACAGCCAGCCUCUAGAAUCCUGGCUCUCCAGUGGCCUUUAGGGAGCGCUGUUCCUCAGCACUACAGAAUCACUACAGUAGCCUAGAGCGUUGUCAGAAGCCUUGCAGGGAAGGGUGGUAGGUCACGGGCGUCGAGGAGCGCUCUUGGAGAGUCUAGGAGCAGAGGCUUAGGAGUUUUACGGGAGUGAGGAAGGCCUAAGUUACAGCUAAAAGAUCUGUGAGUUGCUUCUGUUCUCACCCUCACCUUAUAUGCCUGCCUUCUGUGCCCUUCUUGGUUUUUGUGUUCUGCUCUGCUUUAUUUUGGUUCCUAAGCGAAAAAACAGUGGCUAGAAGUCCUAAAGUCAGAGGAAAACUGCUCCGUUUUGUUUCCCUUCUAGUAACACCUCAGAAAAGGGCUCACUAGACAGUUACCUGUGUAAUAGUAGGUCUGGCUUCUGACAGAAGACCUGGGGACUUCCACUUCCUUUGGAAGAGGGACUUUACCAGAGUAGAUUGCCUAUCUCAUUCAUGGAAGACACAGGUAGUGUUGCAUAGCAUUCCCAGCUCCCGGGAGCCUGACAGCCUGGUUGGAUCCUUUUAGAGAACUAGAAGGGCAGUGCCUCUCCCGUGUACCUCAGAAGCUAGCAUUGAAGCCUUACCCUGUUCCCUGUCCAUUGUCAGAAGUGUGUGGUGGCUGUUGGGAAGAAUGAAGUUGUGCAGAGAAUGAAGCAGGAACAGCUUGUUUUUCACAAACACUAAAACUAGUAAAAUUUACUCGUUUCUUGAUUUAUUUUUUCUCAAGACAGUUAAGAUGUCAGGGGACACCUACGGGGGGCAGCUUGAAAUGCACUGUUGAGUGUUCAUGGUGCUGUAGCUUUGUCUUCCAUGGCGAGGGUGGAAAUUGGAAGACGGGUAGAAGGGCUGCAGGGUCGGCUUUCCUGUGCACAGCAAGGGCCUCUAGGCAGCUCUGCCGUGGAGUAGCUCUGAGCCUCCUGGUGUGGGACUGACGUGCUGGCUGGGUCUUCGCAUGCUGUCCUGCGCUGCUCCGCUGUCUGGCAUGGAUACCUGCACUCCCCUUUGCCUCUGUUACCCUCAGGCUUUUAUCUCAGUUUCACGUCAUCAGAUAUUUUAGCCAGGUAUUUUAGAAGUGAACAGCAUUAAAAAAUAAGCUUUUCUUUCUGAUAUAGAUGAAAAUACAUUCUCCCUCCCCAUACCCACAUUCCCCACUCCGGAAAGCACUUCGUUAUCUGAUAGAGACUUCCAUCAUUUCUUUUUUGCCUUUUCAUACCUUCCAUUAGCUGCCGAUACAUUGUUUUACAUGUUUGCAGUGACAUUUUUGUAUGGGCUUUAUGCUUUUCCUUUCAAGAAAGAAGUCCUAGCAUAGUAAGUAUAAGUGAACUAAGCCCCAUUCCUUCCUGCUCCCCAUGUUGCUAUUGAUUCGUUAUCCUGCCAGGAGCUCUAUUAAUCUCAAAAGACUAUUUCCUACUCUCAGUUUGUUACGUUUGUAAUAAUUCCCUUCACAUUCUCUAUCUGAAUUGGAAAUCCCACUCGUGUGGUUGAGACACAGUGGCCAAGCAUUUCUAGAUGUCCUGUCCCCUGUGUGCGGCUGCCCAGGGUUGCCCUGCAGAGAGGUUGGACCGGUACUGGCCAGAGUUCUGGGGUUAAAGAGAGCGGAGAACAGCUUCCACACGGUGCAGAGCACUAGGGCCUCCUCACAUCUGGCUGGAGGAAAACCCUAUGAAAUACACUACGAACCCGACUAAGGUUGUUACUGUCUCACUGCUUAAAGUACCAUUUUCUUUCUUUUUCCCACUUUCCAGUAUACUCAAGAAAAUGGAAAACCUGUAAUGGAUCAAUUUAAAAUAUUUUAUUUCCUAAAAGCCUUUUUUGCCUAUUGUAAUAUGCAGGACCCCUCUCCUUUGAUUGGGAGAGAUGGGUAAUUACCUGAAUAUAGGUUGAAAAGGUUAUGUAAAAAGAAAUUAUAAUAAAAGGGAUACUUUGCUUUUCAAAUCCUUGGUUUUUCUUAAUCUAGGUAAGGCAUAUCCAAAAUAUGUAAAGAAAAAAAUAAAAAUUGUCCUCAUGGAAGCAGCUUGUCUUCCUUGAUUGUCCUGACUUAGCAGUUUUCUAGGGGUGACAACAGUUCCUUGGCAGGUCUUAGGUUCUGUGUACUGCCAUUUACUCUUGUUCAGUGAGGCAAACUUUUUUGUUUGGUGUGGUUCUUGGUUUGUAAUUCCUAGAUGCCAAGAGAUUCUGUGAUCAGAAACCUGUUUGAUGGAGGUUUCUGGAGCCUUAUGUUGAAAAGUAGCUGCUGCUCUAGUACAGGGAGUGUCAGUGCUGUGUCACUUGAACAGUGUCACUUGGACAGUGACAGUCCUAUCAGCAUUUAGUAUCAGUUAUCCAUAAGGCUCAGUAUCCUUAAUAUUAACAUUAAAAAUGCCCAAAACUGGAACCCUUCUA